CCCAAGGCAAGAAUUUUACGAUGCCAUAGAACAAAAUUCGGCACCGCUGCCAAAAUGUACAAAUAAGUCUUAGACGUAGUUGUCUCAUUAUUCGCAGAAUAUCCGUAGAGUUGUCAAGAUGUACAAGUUCUUAUGUUUGUUUGCUUUGGUAGCUUUGCCAAUCGUUUGGAUCCAGGCAGACUGCAAUGUAUGUCAGUCGAAUGGAGCAUCCUGCAUAAACCAGACCGCAUAUAACUUGUGCUUCGGUGGCAGUGAGCCGAAUACCAACCAGACCUUCAUCUGCACCGACGGCCUGGUGUGCACGGAUCAGCCUGUGAUUUGCUUCCAGCGUAGCGAGAAUCCAGCCAGUUGUGGCGAUACGGACAGCUGUGGCCAGUGUGCUCCCAAUUACACCUUCGCCUGCACCUCGCUAAACACAUUCGCCUUCUGCUUCGGCGCUAUAACGCCCACAAAUGUCACGGGAAGCUGCCCUGAUGGUUACUUUUGCGAUGGCUCCACACAGGAGAUAUGCGUCACAAAGACUACUGAUGAUUCCAUAAUCUGCCACAAGAAUUAACAAUGCUUUGCUAUACAAAU